AUGGGACUGAGCCUGGGCACGCAGAAUUGGGAUGGGAAAGUGAGAGUGGACGCUCGGGCACUUGUCCAAGGAGGAGGGUCCUACAGGUUUCUGCUUCCCGACGGAGCCUGUCCUCACGUCUGUCUGCCUUCUUCUCUGUCUCCCAAGUUUCUGAGAGUCGACCAAGACAAAGACAGAGACUGCAGCCUGGACUGCGCCGGCUCCCCGCAGAAGCCGCUGUGCGCCUCUGACGGGCGCACCUUCCUGUCCCGCUGCGAGUUCCAGCGCGCCAAGUGCAAGGACCCCCAGCUGGAGAUCGCCUACCGAGGGAACUGCAAAGACGUGUCCAGGUGUGUGGCCGAGAGGAAGUACACCCAGGAGCAGGCCCGGAAGGAGUUCCAGCAGGUGUUCAUCCCCGAGUGUGACGACGACGGCACCUACAGCCAGGUCCAGUGUCACAGCUACACGGGAUACUGCUGGUGCGUGACACCCAACGGGAGGCCCAUCAGUGGGACCGCCGUGGCCCACAAGACACCCAGGUGCCCAGGUUCCGUAAACGAGAAGUUGCCCCCGCGGGAAGGUGCCGGGAAAGCAGUCUCCUUGCAAAUCUUUUCCGUUCUGAAUUCAGAUGAUGCCGCAGCUCCCGCGUUGGAGACUCAGCCUCAAGGAGAUGAGGAAGAUAUCGCGUCUCGCUACCCCACGCUCUGGACGGAGCAAGUGAAGAGCCGGCAGAACAAAACCACCAAGAACUCAGUGUCGUCCUGUGACCAGGAGCACCAGUCGGCCAUCGAGGAAGCCAAGCAGCCCAAGAAUGACAACGUGGUGAUCCCCGAGUGUGCCCACGGCGGCCUCUACAAGCCGGUGCAGUGCCACCCGUCCACCGGCUACUGCUGGUGCGUGCUGGUGGACACGGGGCGCCCCAUUCCUGGCACGUCCACCAGGUACGAGCAGCCGAAAUGCGACAACACGGCCAGGGCGCACCCGGCCAAGGCCAAGGACGUGUACAGGGGCCGGCAGCUGCAAGGUUGUCCUGGCCCCAAAAAGCAUGAGUUCCUGACGAGCGUCCUGGACGCGCUGUCCACGGACAUGGUGCACGCGGUGUCAGACCCAUCCUCUUCGCCCGGCAGGCUCUCGGAACCCGACCCCAGCCACACGCUGGAGGAGAGGGUUGUGCACUGGUACUUCAAGCUCCUGGACAAGAAUGCCAGCGGCGACAUCGGCAAGAAGGAGAUCAAACCCUUCAAGCGGUUCCUGCGGAAGAAGUCCAAGCCGAAGAAAUGCGUGAAGAAGUUCGUGGAGUACUGCGACGUGAACAACGACAAGGCCCUGUCUGUCCAGGAGCUCAUGGGCUGCCUGGGCGUGACCAAGGAGGAGGCCAGAGCCAGCACCAGGAAGCGGCACA